AUGAAGAAAUCAAUGAAAGGUUUCACCAUACCUCUUUUUCCCCUCUACUCAUUAUUUUCCAUCAUAACAACCUCCAAAGCACUUGACACCAUAACCAAAACUCACUUCAUCACAUAUAACAACACCACAGUUUCACCCAGCGAAAGUUUCGAAAUGAGGUUUUUCACUCCAGGCAAUUCCAAUAACUGGUACAUCACAAUAUGGUACAAGAAGAUAGCCUCAGGGACCAUUGUAUGGGUUGCCAACAGAGAUAACCCAUUUCCUAAUUCCUCUGGUGUCUUGAAACUCAUCGACCCAGGAAUCCUCAUCCUUCUCAAUUCCACCAACAACAUCGUAUGGUCCACCAACACCUCUCGAUCCACACGCAACCCAGUUGCGAGACUUCUUGAUUCGGGAAAUCUUAUCAUCCAAGACCCAAACGAUCACAACCCAGAAAAUUUUCUCUGGCAGAGCUUCGAUUACCCUUGUGAUACUCUGUUACCGGGCAUGAAGGUUGGGAAGAACUUGGUUAUAGGUCGAGAAUGGCACAUGUCUUCAUGGAAGAGUAAAGAUGACCCAGCCCAUGAUCUUUGUGGAUACCCACAAAUGUUCUUCAACAAAGGCUCUGUUGUGUUGUUCCGAGACGGACCAUGGAAUGGUCUCCUGUUCACCGGCACUGCGACGAUACUAAUCAAGAAUCCAAUUUUCAAAUUUGGAAUGCAUUUUGAAAAGGAUGAGAUUUACUACAGGUGUGAUCUCCUUAACAGCUCUGUUGCUUCCAGCUGUGAUGAUGUCAAUAAAUCCCCUAUUUGCGGGUGUUUGAGUAAAUUUGUGCCUAAAAACCCAAAAGAUUGGAAUACGACGAAUUGA